AUGGUUAUGCAGGAUGUGCGGGCAAAUCUGGAAAAGCCAUAUAACCGUGCGAAAUAUCUCUGGUCAACGUCGAAACAAUACAAUUCAAGAUCAGCACACGAGCCUCGUGCGGCGCACAGUGGGCAUAUGAGAGGGCCCAGUGGCAAAUCGUUCCAGGAAAGCCGACCUCUUGCAAUCUUUGUUUCUUUGCCGUAUAUUGAGCUCUACGCUAUGGCGAAAAGGCAAGCAGUACCUGAUCACAUCUGGCAGAAUAGCCAUCCAACAAGAACAUUGCUGCAAUUUUUCCAUCACUACGAGUCUACCACCCUUCGAGAUCUCAAACAAGCAGUGUUGCAGAUGAAGGAUACUCCAAAGGACCAUAUUUAUCAUGUGCCUCAACUCUGGUGUCUCCUUAUUGGUCAUGAACUUAUAAUCACAUGUUGUAAAUCGUCCGCGUCAGACUUGCAGGGUAAAGGGUUCAAAUUUGCCCCUCCGACAGCAACCGACAGUCCCUGUGCUAUUAAUCUUCGUGAUGAUCACCAGAGGGAUUUUCUUUUCCCAACCCAGAAAUGCGCUUCUUGGUCGAAUUUUAUAGAGCAAGUCCGUAGUAGUUGCCCGGAUUACAGCAACUAUGACCCCGAUAUUUAUUAUUUUACAACGAACAAAGGCCAUACGGUGACUCCUGAGACCUGGAGUGGCGUGCUCAGUGAAGAAACAGCCGACAUACUAGUCUUAUACAUUAAAGUCAAGAGCUAUCAAAAACUCCUAGACAGUAUCGCCAAUCAUCACCAACGCCACUCCCGUCAUCGACCUUAUCGAUCGGAUAAAGAAAGCAAUACGCCAUUUUCUAGGGAAUCCAGAACGAGCGUCCAUGCGAAUCGACCAGUCGCCAAUGAGGCCGCAGCGCACAAUCUCAGCGCUGUGGACGCGCAAGCGAAGAAUCACGGUACGGGUGGCUCGAAAGAGCGAGGACCUGAUGAUCCAAAAAGCAUGCAACAGAAAGCUUCUGAUAAAACAGAGUCAACCCAAACUCAGAACCGAAAACGGGUGAACCCGGUCCUUUUGUGGUCACGCAAAACUCCGUGGUGGGAAGACGAUUUUGGCGACGUGAAGUUGUCAGAGACCAGUAUCGACGUCAUGGAAGAGGCGAUGUUGGACGAUAUUCAUGCCCACCUCUCCGAUUCGACUGUCGGAACUGGAACUGGACCUUCCGAUAGCGAACUAUUCAGGUGCACUAGGGAGCAUACAUUCGAAGAAUUUUUGGCCCACCUACAAAAGCUGAAAUCAGCCUGCGGAGAACAACAUACUCCACGUUACCCAAAUGGCUUGCAAACACAAUCAAGGGUGGCAGAGACUUUCCAAAGGCUACUACAAUUUUUUCUUCCCUGUAACGUAGACCUUCCAGAGGUCAAAAAGUGUCUGGGCUCUAUGAUCAAGGCCACCGAAUCGUCUCUCAAUAGCAGCAUAAGGCAGCUCCUAGCAGACCUCGAAAUUGCCACGGCUACUAUUCAAGACGAUAUCCUACGGAGCGAUUCUCCUCCCUGCUCUGCGGCGCCAAUGUAUUUUCAUGAAGCCUUUGAACAUCUUGUCAUGUUCUUUGUCCUCGCUGGAGAAUCUAUUCAAACCCCAGAGCUUACCGAGCGGGUUUUGAAAGCUGGCUAUCAAUGCAAGGAGCGGCUUCUUCGCGGAGAAUUUUCCAUUCUCGAGAUGCUAUCUACUGGUGUUGAAGAUGAUGCCAUCCGGAUAGUUAAGAAUGAUGUGGACAACAGGGGGAUGCUCUCAAUGAUCAUGGACACGCUCAUUUUCAACUUCACACAUGGAAAAUCGUCAUCGGUAAUCAAUGCACGAAAUUUGUACAAGGACUAUCUCGAUCAACUGGAAGAAAAGGUGUUACAUCAUCCUAACAACCGGGUAAUGCAACAGAUUAAUUAUCUCAUUGAUGAACUGUCUAUGAUUGCGCGUCUUUUGAAGAUUCAGCGUGAAGUCGCACACACGUUCAAUCGGAUCGUCAAAGAGAAUUCCAAACGUCAGCCUGAGUCUUCUACGACAGACUUUGUCCUCUCCGCUGGGGAAAAAAGAGAUGACAAAUUAUACCGACGGAUCGUAGCUUUCAGCUUCUUGAUAAACAGAGCCGAGCGCCUGUGGGGUCAGGGAAUACAACAAAUGAAGAUUCGAGAAGACGACAGCUCAAAAGCCAUCAUGGUCUUCACUGUCAUCACAACAGUCUUUCUUCCUCUGACGUUUGUCACCGGCUACCUCGGCAUGAACACUUCUGACAUUCGCGACAUGAACCGGCAACAGGGUCUUUUUUGGGAGAUUGCUCUUCCGCUGACUUUUGUCACUCUUGUCUUGUCCCUUGUUCUUGCCUUUUUUGGAGACAAUGUUCGACAACGGUACUAUGAGUGGAAGCAGUUGCGCAAAUAUGGUAGGUAG